AUGAGAAAAAAGUGGAUAUUGGAAGAUUUGCAUUUUAUCUUUUUUGGUGUGCUCUGUCUCCUUUUCAUAGAUGGAGGUAAACUAGAACAAGUAAAACAUUCAGAUACCUACUGUGUCUUUCAAGAUAAGAAGUAUCGUGUAGGAGAAAGAUGGCAUCCUUAUCUGGAGCCCUAUGGCCUUGUUUACUGUGUUAAUUGUCUUUGCUCAGAGAAUGGGAAUGUACUGUGCAGCAGAAUAAGAUGCCCAAGUCUACACUGUCCUUCCCCUGUGCACGUACCACAGCUGUGCUGCCCACGAUGCCCAGAAGACUCCCUUUUCUCAGUAAACAGCAAAAUCACCGGGAAAUCCUGUGAAUACAAUGGCACCACCUACCACCAUGGUGAAAUGUUUGUGGCAGAGGGGCUUUUCCAAAACAGGCAAGCAAACCAGUGUGCCCAGUGCAGCUGCUCAGAAGGAAAUGUGUACUGUGGGUUGAAGACUUGUCCCAAAUUAAGUUGCUCUUUCCCAGUUUCUGUUCCUGAGUCCUGCUGUCCAGUUUGCAGAGGAGAUGGAGAAUUAUCAUGGGAACAUUCUGAUGGAGAUAUCUUCAGGCAGCCAGCCAACAGGGAAGCUAGACACUCAUACCAUCGCUCCCACUACGACCUGUCCCCCACCUCUGCAAGGCAGGUGGUCAACAUUCCACGAUUUCCCAAUGCCAGGAGUAACCGUGGAGUCCUCCCAGACCCCCAGCAAGCUUCAGGAACAAUCGUGCAGAUUGUCAUCAACAACAAGCACAAGCACGGGCGAGUUUGUGUUUCAAAUGGCAAAACAUACUCUCAUGGUGAAUCCUGGCAUCCCCAUCUCCGGGCCUUUGGAAUCGUAGAGUGUGUGUUGUGCACCUGCAACAUCACCAAACAAGAAUGUAAGAAAAUUCACUGUCCAGAACAAUAUCCCUGCAAAUACCCUCAGAAAGUAGAAGGAAAAUGCUGUAAAGUCUGUCCAGGUAAAACAAAGGUAAAGGAAUUGCCAAGUCAAACCUUUGACAACAAAGAUUACUUUUGUGGGAAAGAGACAUUUCCAGUCUAUGAAUCCAUUUUCACAGAGGAAGGAGAAACCAUCAGGAAAAUUGCAGUAGAGACUGAAAAGCCACCUCAAAUAGAAAUACAUGUGUGGACAAUUAGAAAAGGAAUUCUGCGUCACUUCUAUGUUGAGAAAGUGUCCAAGAGAGAAUUUGAAGAACUUCCUUACUUCAAGUUGAUAACAAGGACAACCCCUAGCCAGUGGAAAAUAUUUAGCGAGGGAGAAGCUCAGAUCAGCCAAAUGUGUGAAAGCAGAAUGUGCAGGACCGAGCUCGAGGAUCUGGUAAAGGUUUUGUACCUUGAAAAGUCUGAAAAGGGUCACUGUUAA